GGGUCUUACCCUGUGGUCCUUAGGAAGUCGGUCAAUAGGUUUGUGUUCGGGUAGGUCCAAGUGGUGAGGAGUGGGACCUUUGUCGUGCACCUGACACCACCAUGGUAGACACCCGGCGCGGYACCUCCACUAUGCCGUACACAAAGGAGGAGGAGGCGAAGAUGGCCGCCAUCCUGCAGGAGAGAAAGGAGAAGAAGGAGGCCAAGAAGAAGGCCUUGAAGGAGGAGCAGGCGACCAAAUUGAAGAAGAUGGAAGAAGAGAUGGCCAAGGAGAAAGAGAGGUUAAAGAAGGAAGAAGAAGAGAAACUGAAGGCGGUGGAUGAAGAAGAGGACGGUCCGCCAUUGCAAAGGAGUGGUGGGCAGCCCAGUAGUAGUACCGAUGGAGACCUGGAGAAGAGGAUAUCUGAAUGGGUUGCCAACCUGACUGUGGGAGAAGAGGAAGAGGUUAGUAUGUAUAUCCCGCAGCAUCAGCAAGAAGCUGCCAUGAAGGCUUGGGAUGCAGAGAAAGACCCUCUUAAGCGUCAAGCAUUGGAAGACGAGAAGUGGAUGGAAUGGAAAUUAGCGGUGAUGAGGGAGAAGAAAAGGAGAAUUGACAAGGCAGCGGAGGCGGCAGAGGCCUUAGAGGAAGUGAAGAACAUAGAGGCGCAAUUAGCCGCCCAGCCCGAUCUCCCGAAUCAGAUCAGAAGUCAGGACAUAGCUGUGCGCUCGAUAUGGUUGGGCUUUCAAGACUUUGCUCGUGAGCUGGUAGGCGCCGUUGGAGCCGAGGUGGGUCACCGCCUCGACAAGACUGAGCGGUUCUGCGCUGGCGCCAUUGAAGGCGUYAAGGYGGCAGCUCCCAAGGAGGAGGAAGCACKUCCUCCUCGSCGGGAGCCUGUCAAAGUCAAGUUCCCCGAUKCCUAYAGUGGGAAGAGGGAGGAAAACUUUGACAAUUGGGAGGCCAACGUUAAGACCUAUGUGCACUUGCAACAAGUCUCCCUAGAUCAGCAAGUCCUAAUUGCUAUCCACGCGCUGAGAGAUGAGGCCGCCAGUUUUGCAAGGUCCCUAGUUCGCGCUGCCAACUGUACUGAUGAUCCCGUUGCGUACUCCUCAUUUACGUCCCUCACCGAAUUCCUGAAGUUGCUGCGCGAGCGAUUUGCUGAUGUCGCUCGUAGUGUCAAGGCCUCAGACAAGCUCCAAACCAUCCAUUCUCGUAAAUGGAAGAGUGUCAGGGCACUCAAGGGUACAAUGGAUGAGUUGGUGUCCGUCCCUGACCAUGGGGUCAUAGAGGGCCAGUUGGUCAACCUCUUUUACCGGGCUAUGCCCGAAGCCUUUCGAGGGCAGUUCUUCGCGAAGAGCGAAGACCCUACCACCACUUACGAUUCCCUUAGUCGUGAGGUGGUGGCUUUUGAAGCGAAGUCAGUGUCCCUGUCCACCUUUUGGCAUAAGGAUUUGGACAAGGGAAAGCAAUGGAAAGGCCGCACUAUCUCAGGGCAGGUAAGGACCAAGGAUAGCCUUGUCAUGACUUUAGAUGAGGGUAGUGUGGAUGAGAUUCCCUACGAUCAGAUUGAGUGGGGGCUAGAGGAGGCGAACAGCGGUGUGGGCCAGGGGAGAUCCUACGCUGCUGUCGCGGCCGGAGGGAGGCCGCAAGGAGGAAGAGGCCAGGGCCAAGGGGGCCGGGCCUCAGGGAGCCGGUUUCAGGGCGAUCAGGGGGUUGGCGGCGGAGGAGGAAACCGCCAAGCGGGAGGCAGGGGUCAAGGUCCCUCGCAAAACCGUCUUAGGAAUAGGUCUCCCUAUAGAGUAGGAGGAUGGCACCCAGGGCUACCUCAGGGCCGGUGUCUAGACAGCUGUCCCGAAACUGCUUGUGUUAGAGUUUCGUUAGACACCUCCCUCACAGGCGUGGCCGAAGAGUUGAAGGAGAGGAUGCCCGCCUGGGCCAAGAUGAAGAAGGAGAACAAAGGGCAGCUUAUAUUACUAGAUACAAAGAUUUUUAGAAGUAGAGUAGGGGCCCUAGUAGACUCAGGGGCCACUCGCAGCUAUAUUAGUAGGAAAGCGCUGCAGAAGUUGAGGCUGGGACUUACAGUCCAGAAACUGACAGACCCCAUAGUUAGUAUCCUCGCGGACAAUCGUACUAUGAUUGUAGAGGAUUACAUAGAGGGAGUCCAGGCGUAUUUCCGCCUAGAGAAAGAUGGAAAAGUGGAGAAGGUCCUCCACUCCUUGACUCUCCUCGUAGAGGACAGCCUCCCAUUUGACAUUGUCCUGGGAAUGGAUUGGGGAGAGGCAGUCGGGGCCACGCUCCAUUUGAAGGAGCACGAGUGUAGGCUCCCUAGUUCGUCAGGCGAGGCCAAGACUGCCCUCCUGUUCCAUGUGUCAGGGGUAGAGAAUUCCUUGGCGCACUGCUGCCUUAGUGCCCCCGCGUUCGCCAGACUGGUGAAGAAGGAGGGAUUGGAGGAACAGGUCUUUGUUGCCUAUGUUAGGCCAGUGACUGAGCCUACGGAGGAGAAGCCGAUGGACCCCGCGAUUGCCAAGCUGCUGGAAGAGUUUAAGGAUUUGACUGAGCCGCCGACAGGCACGGUGCCGCGGCCCAUCCAGCACCGUAUUGAGAUAGAGCCUGGCAGUAGAACUCCUAAGGGUGUGGUGUAUAGGAUGUCCCCGCGGGAGUUAGAGGAGCUUCGCAAGCAAUCGGACGAGCUCAUUGAGAAGGGUUGGAUUAGGCCCAGUUCGUCUCCUUUCGGAGCGCCUGUCCUCUUUGUUCCUAAGAAAGAAGGAGAGAUGAUAAUGUGUAUAGACUAUCGGCGAUUGAAUGCGAUUACAGUGAAGAAUGUUGAGCCACUGCCUAGGAUAGACGAUCUUUUAGAUCGAGUGCAGGGGGCCAAGUAUUUCUCCAAAAUAGAUUUGAAGUCCGGAUAUCAUCAGAUAKAGGUGCAUCYUGAUGAUYARUAUAAGACAGCCUUCCRRACUAGAUAUGGGCACUACGAGUUCAUAGUGAUGCCCUUUGGACUAACCAAUGCGCCAGCUACGUUCCAGCGUUGUAUGAACGAUUUGUUUAGGUCGUGGUUAGACAGAUUUGUAGUAGUUUAUCUAGAUGACAUUCUAGUGUUUAGCAGGACCCUCGAAGAGCAUCAGGGUCACCUCAGGCAGGUCUUGGAGAAGUUGAGGGAAGCUAACUUCAAGAUCAAUGCAAAGAAGUGUAAUUGGGCAAAGACCCAAGUUCUGUACCUAGGCCACGUCUUAGACGGACACGGCGUUAAGCCAGAAGAUAGCAAGAUCGCAGCGAUUAAAGAUUGGCCCACGCCACGUACGCUGACAGAGUUGCGCUCGUUCCUGGGCCUAGCUAACUACUAUAGGAAGUUCGUGAGGAACUUCUCCACCAUCGCUGYGCCCCUUCGCAGAUUGCURAGAAAAGAGACAAUCUGGAAGUGGGACAAGGRCUGCACGUCUKCCAUGAARAAGCUAAAGCAGGCRUURAUAGARUAYCCRGUCCUUAAGGUCGYCGAUCCRUCCUUGCCUUUUGUCGUUACUACGGAUGCUAGCCAGUACGGCAUAGGCGCAGUGUUACAGCAAGACGAUGGCAAUGGCUAUAGACCCGUAGAGUUCAUGUCCGCCAGGAUGCCUUCAGAGAAGGUCGCGACAUCUACCUAUGAAAGGGAACUCUACGCWCUCAGGCAAGCCUUAGACCACUGGAAGCACUACUUGCUUGGGAGGCACUUCAAAGUCUAUUCUGACCAUGAGACAUUACGAUGGUUAAAGAUGCAGGCCAAGAUGACACCUAAGCUUACUAGGUGGGCUGCAGAGAUAGAUCAGUAUGACUUUGAGCUCAAGCUGUCAAAGGGAAGUACAACGUAGUCACGGAUGCUCUGAGUAGGAGAGCGGAUUACUUUGGGGCAAUAGUACAUUACCUCGAUAUAGGGAAGGACCUACAGCAGAGGGUUAGAGAAGCUUACACGC